UUGCUCAACUCUGCACCAGCUGUGAAGCGAUUGUGUACGUGCAGAAAAAGAAAACAUGUCUUAUUAAACACCAAAAUCAACGCUAAAGACUGAAGAAAUUGCUUAAAAUCAGAGCUGGCGUGUUUAAGAAAGGGCCGUGCAACGUGCUCGGGGCUGUAAAUGUGUAAAUACCCAAUGUGUACGCUGAGCGAGGCUGCCUGAUUCGCCGAUCCCUUUGUGCCGAGAAUGGUUUGUGUUGAGUCGCGAGUAGCAGUCCAUGGGUCUCGGGUCCACUGCAAUGCUUAAGGGAGCCAAUUAGUUUUGUUUCGCGGCGAAGAAAAGAUAAAGUGGUUUGUCUAAAUAUAGAGAGAGAGAGAGAGAGAAAUACAAGAGGGGCCGAAGAGGAGAUGGGCAAUUGUCUGAAAUCUCCGACCUCGGACGAUAUUUCCUUACUGCACGAAUCCCAGUCUGACAGAGCUAGCUAUGGUGACGGGACGGACCCAGACCAAGAGCCACCGCCGCCAUAUCAGGAGCAGGUGCAGGUGCCUGUGUACCACCCAACGCCAAGCCAAACUCGCCUAGCCACCCAGCUGACUGAGGAGGAGCAGGUGAGGAUCGCACAGAGGAUCGGCCUUAUCCAGCACCUCCCCAAGGGGGUGUACGACGCCGGCAGGGACGGCUCCGAGAAGAAGAUCCGAGAGUGUGUGAUCUGCAUGAUGGACUUUGUGUACGGAGACCCCAUCCGGUUCCUGCCCUGCAUGCACAUCUACCACAUGGACUGUAUAGACGACUGGCUGAUGAGAUCCUUCACCUGCCCUUCCUGCAUGGAGCCUGUGGAUGCAGCACUGCUCUCCUCCUACGAGACCAACUGACCCUCCCCUCCCCUCCCCUCCCAGCCCAUCCCCGCAGGGCAGGGGGGCACAGGGGCGUGCUGCUCAGAUCACUCACCGAGGGAUCAAGAGAACCAAACAGGAGGAAGACUGUGCCCAUGGAGAUGGUGUGUAAACAAAAUCAGAAGAGAUCCCUGCUGAGAAGGACUCCUGUAAUGGUAUGUUAGAAGACAAAAUGCAAGAGAAUAAUAAAAAAAAAAGAGAAAAAAAGCAAAAAAUAAAAAAUAAGAUAUAGAAAUAAAAUUAAUGCCUUGAUCCCUUCUGGUCUUUUUCCAGUACCAGUGUACAGUAGAAACCUUUUAAUAUUAAGCAUCGGGAGUCUUUAAUAAUACACUUAUUGCAUAGAUCAGUUUAAGCCCUUCUGGUAAAAAAUGUAGAAUUUGAUGAAAAGCAGGUUUGUUUAUUCACAAACAUUACAAAUAAACAGUAGAAAUCCUAUUUAAUUGCAUGAUUUACAUUUCUAAAUACAGUAUGUCCAAACAUGUAUAAUUGCGUUUCUUAUAAGUAUAAUAGUGCUAAUCCUCUGAUUUUAUCAUACCUCUCCAAACCCUUAGCUCAAACUAAACGAUUGCUCUUAUUCAGUGGUAUUGGUUGAAGGUUGGAAAGAGGUCUGCACUUUGGACUUUCUCUACCUGGAGGGCCUUUACCCCUGCAAGAUCAAUGACCAUCACACUGGCCAGCCCAGUGUAUCUGUGAGCUGCUUUCUCGAGGUUGCUCUAAAGCUGCUGUAGAAACUUUGUUCUGAGGGUUGGUGGCGCAUUCCACAACCUUCCUUCCUUCCUUCCUGAGAGAGAGACAGACAGACAGACAGAUUGAUUCACCCCACUCAAUGUCACUCGGCUUGGACGGUUAAUAGCACCCUGUCCAAGAAACAUGUUUCUUUAUAUCUUGCUUGAGCACCAUCUCCCAAUACCAGGGGUCAAGGCGUUAUCAAACAGAGCUGACAUUUUAUAACACAGGCACAAAGAAGUAGACUCUAAAAGCUUUCGUUUUGCACAGUUCUUGUGGGGCUUUUUUUCCCACUCAAAAUGGAAUCCAUUGCCUUAGGUCUUUUAAGACUGAAGUUUGGAUCAGUGCCCUUGCACUCAGAGACUAAGUCGGGCCAAGAGACUGGAGGGGACAGGACUCCCAUCAGACCAGCACAGUCGAUGCCAGUGCUCCACACUGGUAUAACAUUGCAUGGAUAAGGAUGCCAAAGGAUGACACGAGCCACACAUAAUAUACAAGAAAAGAAAAAAUCUUACGCGUUACAGCACUGACUACAGGAAUGCAAUGCAAUCUACCGGACGUGUGUGUGUGUGUGUGUCUGAUAGUCUUGUCUUUUCCAUUCAAUCAGUUUGUAUGUUUUAUGUGUGCAGGGUGUUUCAGAAGUUACCAAAGGCCACACAGAAAGAUGUACAGUUGUUCACAGGUAUUUCAAAUAGUAAACUGAGGCACGAUUUCUAUGUUGGAGCAGGUGGGUGCCGCUCAAAAACAUACUGUGUGUGUUUGGGUACAUGGGUUCAUAGAUUCUGUUUCAGCAUGAUGUAAAUCUAAACUGCUUUAGGAUUAUACAAAGGGCUGUGAGACUCCACUGCCAGGCGUAAUGUGUAGACCAUGUCAGUCUGUCAGCCUGUAUGUGUUUGUCUGUCUGUUGCCCCAGUUCAUGAUGGCUGUUUCCUCCAUUCAUCAGUCCUCAAACACCAGUGUCUUCAGCAUGAACCACUCUGUCAUUUCUCUGCUUCACGGACUUUGUCUUAACAGGAUAAUGGUGCACCUAGACUGAUUAAGGGAAUCCGACCAGACCAAAUGGAAAAGGUCUGACUGUUGUGGUCCUUGUCCUGUCUGUGUUCGUCAGUGGCUGGGUUAGGGUAGGUGUACAGUACUGUACAUGGAAGCAGCCAGGCCACGCUUAUCCUGAGCAAUUCUAACCCUGUCACCUUUAGCAGGGCAACCUUAACCCCGGCAAGGGAUCGCUGCACUGCAUGGGCCCGUCCUGCUAUUUUAAAAAGGUUGACUACUAAGGCCUUUCAGACGCGUGUAAAUAUGUACGUACACAAACGUUAUAUUCUCAACGGAGAAGCAAAUGGUCGCAAGUGAUGAAUUGCAACCUUUAUUAUCGGAAAUGUGCUUUUUUUUUUUUUUUUUUUUCUCUUGAGUAUGUUUAGUUUUUUUAUUGCCUAUUUUUACUUGUGACCUUAGCGUCCAGCCUUAGUUUGGUAAAUGUGUGGCCGAGGAAGAAUACAAAGUCAACUGGAAACUUUGCAAUGCUGCUUGAAGGAUGUAAUCUGGUGUUGUGUGUACCAGUGACUGAUGCAUUUCAUGUUAACCCAUUAAGUACCAAAUACAAUUUUCUUUAAAAAUAAAAAUCACAACACAAGCUGUAUUCAUGUAAUUUGAUACAUUACAUUUAAGACUUAACUUGUGCAGCUAACAAAAUUAGAGUAAGUAUAAGAACAAUAUAGCAAAAGAUCUAAUUAAAAUAAGAUGCCGCCAGUUAAAAAUGCAAGUGGCCUGUCCUCAAAUACACACAAUGGCACUCAAUGGAUUAGGCAGGUAAUGCCUAAACUGUUGUAUAGGCCUCAGCUCCAGGGUUAUUUGUUAGCAGUGUUGGUUGCUCUGGGGCCUUCUUGCCCAUCAAUCUAUUUCUGUCCACUGUAGCUGGAUAUUCCACAGCAGCAAACGCAAAAGGCCAGCUGAGAUUGUGCAUGAGACCACAGCCCACAUUUAAUGAGCACAAAAAAAAUCACUUCUAGAUCAUAGUUUAAUUAAUAGCUCUUCAUUUGAAAUAAAUGCAACCGUUCUGCAAAUGGAGAAAGAACAAUUAUUACGCGUGCUGUUUCUGAUGUAGUUCCGAAUGCAGUAACUUGCAUAUCUCGUGGAGGUAGGAACCAAAAGCUGAAAAAAAUUGUCAAAGUGUUUCUGGUGGUCACGUGUGAGUGUGUAAAAUGGUUGUAUACACAUUUUCUCUUGACGUGUAUUUUCUAAAAGACCAUCAAACAAUUUCUAUAGUUGUGUAGUUGUGUAGUGUGUAUACACACACACACACACACACACAGUGCUCACCCGUUUAUAACGCACCGUGUUAUAGUGCCGAGUCGGUUAUAACACGGUAGGGUCGUGGCUCCCAUUUUCAUUUAUUUACAAGAAUAGAAACGGACAACUGAGAUUACUGCCUCAGUAGCUUUAUAUAGUUACAUUUUAUGCAUUUCUGAUUGUUUUUGUAGAGGUAAUAACCUCAUCUGCAUUGUGACUAAUUUCUACUGUGAGUGCUUGUGUAGCCAGAAAAUGAAACUGAAAAUAAGUAAGAUUGCACACUUGCAUAAAGAUCAGAUCGCCAUUCCCUUGAAUUUGUAAAAGCUGCCAAUCAUUGUUUUCCCCCAUAUCUGAAGUAUGAAUAACUUCUCUAUUGAACCCUUCCAGAGAACUCUAAACUCGCUGUACCAGGAGCUCAGUGCAGCCACACAAAACGCACACUUAAUACUUCCUGAAAAUAAUCUCGGUUGGAAAUUAAGCUUUCACAGGGUCUGUCUAAUCAAUAAAUAAUAAUAAUAAUAAUUGAUUUAUUGGGACUAGAUUGUGCAGCAGAUUCAUUCACAAGCCUUGCACUUUAAAUCUUUGCUUUCAGAUUUAGUUGUAUUAUUGUUUUGUGUAAUUGUAUCUCUUAUUUUCAGCACAUUAAAUUCACGAGUAACAAGCUUAGUCUCUGGCCCUAUUGCUCGGUGCUGCAGAUUUCCAGGACUUCUGUUUACUGGCUAUACAACUAAUUGAUUUCUAUGCACAUUAGAUACAUUUUAACACAUGUACUCAUUAUGUAGUUCCUACUGAUGUUUUGUAACAGCCUUGUGUAUUUGUGCAGUUCCCAGAUUUAAUUUUUUUUUUUUUAACUUUAGUUAAUUGGGUAUCAUUACUUAAGUCCCCUCCCCCUCCCCCUCCCCCUCCUGCUAUGAAGUCAGUUUGCAUACUGUCCCCAAAAAUCUGCAAAAGAAAAAAAUGAAAGAAACAAAAUCUGCAGGGGAGGUGCAAGCCCAUUCUACACAGAGCAUCAAGUAGUAUCCCUGCUGCAUGCUGUACACUGCUGGCAUUGAGCACUGUAUCCAUGGUGAAUUUGCCAGCAGUACCACCAGCUUUCUGCAGCGUGUCCAAAUCAAGAAAGCAAUCAUACAUGACAGGGUGUUCCAAUAUGCUAUUGUUUUAUAAAUUGGCUCUUCCCCAUCCCUGUGCUGGUAUUGUGACAUCUGCACAGGUCACAACACUGUUUAUCGGAUGGCAUACAUAUUGAACAGUUCAAUACCGACUUCAAUUUGAUAAUGCAAUUUGAUCAUCUCAGCCAUGUUCCAUCUUAUAAAGGAAAAUUGAUAUUUAUUCCAUAUUGCCACAAACGUGUGUCUUAAAAUAUGAAGAACAAAUUGCUUCAUAUAAAAAUUAAUAAAAAGUGAUAAAACUGUAAUUCAGAGAUAGUAUUGUGUAAAGUAUGUUGGACACACCUGGAUGCUUAAUCCAAACUAAAUUUAAAAAUACACUUGUAUGCAGCAUGUGCCACUGGAUCUUACCAAUACAAUCAUGAACUUCAUCCAAGGAACCAAGCAGGACUGGCCUUGACCUGGAUCCCAAUCUGAAAGGGUUAGCCUGGGACAGGUGGCACAGAAGGGAAAUCCUGUUGGGCUAAAUCAACGGUAGCCAAAGUUGGCCCUUCCACACCUGGUCCUUAAAAUCCAGGACUGUGACUGGACACCUCUGGGCUAAAUGAAAAACCACUUGAGCUGACCAUGUUAGUAGCUCAGCCCACGAAGCCCUGCAGGACAGGAGCUGUAGAAACAGACAGCUGGCCUGCAUCUCGCUGCCAAGAUAGGAAGAGAAAG